AGUCUUCAAAUUAUUUUAUUAUUUUAUUAUGAAGAAUGAAUACAUAUUUUGUUGAACAUCCACAAUACAUUGGAGUUUAUGAAUAUUGUCGUUUCGAAUAAAUAAUUGUAUCUUAUUGCCUAGUGAUUUAUAUUGGCUUGUCUUUGAGAAAGAUAAAGAAAAUAGAUAGUUUUGUAAAUUGAUAAAAAUAUAAGCAGAUGUGUUAAAUGAUCCUCGAUUAUAUUUAGACAGUAAAGAAAUAUUGAAAGCAUUUAAUAAUGGAUGUUUUAAAAAUAUCUUUUAUAUUCUUUUCGUCGUUGCAAAUACAAUUUUUUUCAGGAAUUCAUCAGACAAUAUGAUUAGAAAUGACAAAUGGUAGUUUUUUAAUAAAGUUAACGAUACAGAUAUUCAAUGUACGUUUAUAUAUUCUUCUUUAUAAAAUAGGAUUCGAACUUAUGCAUUUCGUUUAUCCGUUUCAAUAUUAUUUGAAAUUAAUAGCUUUCUAUUUAUCUAUUGACACAUAUUUUUACAAUUUUAACAUCGCAUUUAUCGUGAAUUAGACAUUUAUGAAGCCUUAGGAUUCACACAAUGAACACUGUUACUAAAAUUUUAGAUAAAAAGUCAUAAAUUUCUCUCUAUGUGUCAGCACAUUUCUAUUUUCUAUCCACGUAUGAAUUUCUAAAAAGGUUAAAAUACUAAUAUUCCUUGAAAAACAUUGGCAAACAUUAAUUAUUAUAGCACUAGCAUCGGUGCCUAUCUCCACCGACUGGAGAUCCUAAACGUUCGUAAACCACUCGCCCAGCCAGUGGUGCCUUGCAUGCUGGAGAACCGCGUUAGAGGAAGGUGUUCGCCCGGUUGUCAGGUGGGGAUGAAGGCCGCAGUACUGCUUCUGCAAACGCCUCGACGAUGUGCACCUAGACCUACAAAACAAGAUAACUCGCGGCGAUUUACCGGCGACUCGUUGCGUUGCACUCGCGGAUCUGAGACGUCGAUAGACGCCACUGAGCUGAGAACGCGAGACGCGUGUUUUCCUACGUAAAUGUGCAGAUUUGUUUUCGUGAAAAAUCCAAGUUUAUGUUCUAAACGAUUUCAUACGAUAAUAAUAUAAUUAAGCACAGGAUUACGUUCAGAAUUAUGAGAUUAAUUUUGUAUUGCUUUGAUUUUAAUUGAUCGUGGUGAGGCUGUGAAUGAAAUUGUCGAUGGUGUUAUAAAGAUGUGAGAAAAUUCCUGUCAUCUUUUACGUCUCAAGAAUUAAUUAACCGUGGUUUCGCCGCAGGCAGCCGCGAGAGAUGUGGUCGCGCACGCGAUUCUUGCUCCUGGCGUGGACGAUCGCGUUGUUAACCGGGAUACGGUUCAGCAACGGAUCCCAGAGGCCGCGUCUCGGCGGCGCCGUGAACAUCUUCAGCCGUUACGGCUACCUCAGCAUCAGCAUGAGAGUGGUCCCAAGAAACGACACCGAGACAUGGAUCUUCCGUGAGCCGACAUUAGAUGUUUUCAGGAAUCCUGUCCCCAUGAUGACCAGGCAACGACAACAGACCGCUGUGUUCGAUGGAGACUUCCACAUGGAGUUUUGCGACAAUGUUCGCCAACUUCUGCAAGCAUACUUCCGGGACUUCACGUUCGAGCGGCUCGAAAGGCCGUGGCGAGCGUUCAGCGCCAGCUGGUCGAAGGCGGCCAUUGCUCGCCAUUUAGGCAUCAACUCGUCCUUCAUCACAGGUGAUCAUUGUUACGUGUUGGUACGUGUUGCCAGAUUCCGUGAGAAUCAGAAAUUGGCUGGUACCGCGGAAACGAUGAUCCUUGACGAGGCGGUUCUUCGGGAAACGGAGAACGUUACGGUCGGUGAUACGGCGAGUGUAGUGCGAUUUAUCAAACACUUUGGAUCGCAUUAUAUCGCCGCUUACGUCACUGGAAACUCUUUGUAUCAGGUGUUCGUGUAUACACAACAAGCGUAUCUACGUAUCAAAGAACGAUUGAAGACCCGUGGCGUAGCAGAUCUAUCGAAUAUCGAAUUGAACAACUACUUUUCACCGUGGUACGCGGAGCACAUGGGCUCCAUACAAGCAGCGAGCGGAAAUCGCACCGUCGAGUCAUGGGCGGUGGAACGGCUUCGAAACCAAUAUUACAUUUUCUCAUACGCCAGUUUGCUGAAAUUACAUGGUGAUGCGAUGUUGCUGAAGCAACUGGAUAGUUUGUUGGGUAACGAGGCAUUACUGCAACUACAGCUAAAGACACUGGCACCCAUUUUCAAAGAUCCUCAACGACGCGAAUGGUUCCUUGAGGUUAUUGAUAAUUACUUUAAGUUAUGGGAGGUAAAUAUGUGAAAUAAAAAAAUACGUCCUGAAAGGAGAAAAUUGGUACACCUCCGUCAUAUUUACGUAAAAUUACGUACCGAUCGUAUUUGAAUGUGGCGGACCAUGAUAUACAUGUAUGUAUAUUAGAAGAGGAAGAUCGAUGACUUCGAUAUGGAAAGAUCAUUUGAUUGUCGUAGAACGAUUAGUGUUCGAACAAUCGUUAGUCACGGUCUGCUGGAUGUUCACUAUUGUUUCUCCGUCAAACGGACGUUAGAAUUUAAUAGAGAAACGCCCAACUACUAUAUUGUUAUUAAAUAAGUAUUUAUUAAUAUAAUCGACGAUAGAAAACAUUUUUAUACAAACGUUUUAAAUAUAUAUAUAUCGUAUAUAUAUAUCACAAGCAAUUUUCGUGAAAAAAUGACUGAAAAAAAAUACGAUAUCCUAUUCCUAUGUUUGUCGGUUUAUUUUUGAUAUUGUUUUAAUAAUAUCUGUUUUUUCGUUUAAGCUCUUCAGAAAUAUAGCGACAAAACAGAAAUAGGAUUCGUGGUUUUUUUCUUUUUUCUCGCUAAUUUUCUUCUCGAGUGUUAACUUCGAUAAAUCAAUUUCAAUAUUUUUGAAAAUAAAUCUACGUAUUAUAUAUUUUACAAUAUGUUUUAUCCUUACAAAUUUAUGGACGUUAUUUCAGCAGAGUUAAAAUAAAUUUGUGUGAGUAUUUGAGUAUAAAAGAACGUCUAGUUUUUGUUUUGUACGAAUAAGAAAAAGUUAUAUUAUUGGCACGGUAAAACGAUUGAUGGAGUAAAAUUUAUAGGAAAAAUCGGUUUAUUUUAUUUUUUUAAAUAUUAACGGAUUAUAUCUUUUAGCUUAUUUUCUAACUUUCCUCGUUAUCAUGAAAUCAUAACAAUAAACAUACUAAAAAUACGAAACAAAUUCAAAAAAAAAAAAAUGAAGAACAUUCAAAUAUAUAAUAAUUUUUUAAAUAAUUAUUUGAAAAUUAUUUGAAAUUAU